CAACCAUAUAAGGUCACCAUCAGCUCGGCAUUUCAGGCCCGCAUCCUGACAAGAGAUCCUCACCCAUUUCAAAUCACACGAGAAAACGCACUACCGAUCCCCAAGCUAUGAUGCACGCGUGCAACGCUGCCCGAGCGGCGUCCGGAAAGCCAGCCACACUGGCCGCGCCUGUGGCGUGGGCAACAUAUACAACGCGUUGCCGAACGCCCAGACGCUGUCAAACGACCGUCGAUGAAGCUGCCGCUCCUGAGAAGCCGCGUGUGUUGCCGAAAAAUCUUCAGUCCAUACAGUCCUUCAAUGCGCUUGAGGUCCUGGCGGAUGGUGCGCGUCGUUGCGACGGCGAGCACCAGCGAGAUCCAGCGCUGGAGCAUGGACUGCGGGAGCUGAGUAUACUCCUCAAAGACAACUCAUACAUGGGAUCAGACCUGCUCCAGUGCUUUGCCAGCUUCCCGGAACCUCCUACGGAUAUACAGCGCGCUCACCGUACUCUGACUCGCUGGACGCCGUGCCUGGCACAGUCAACCCCAGAGACUUCACAGACACAUGCGCGGCCGAAUGCGCAUAUCUCGGAAUUAUCGACAAAUCAGCAGGCUAGUGGUGCACACUGGUCCAGUGGCUCACCUGUUUCAGCUCAGUCGCCCGUCGUGCAGGCUUCGACGGCCAUGCGCACCAUUCACAAACGGCAGGCUGUUCAGCCUCAACAAGCCUUUGUGGCACAGCCAACACCGACUGAACCAACCUCGACCGGCCUCUUGAUCCCAGGCCGCACUAACCAGAUUCCCAUCAAUGAAUCCCCGAGUGAUCCGCAGGAUAGUAACUGCAUCAUGCGUACCCUUCAUCAUGCCCACAUUCGUAGUCCAAAGCGCCUCCGUAUACGACCCGAAGCACAGAAUGAGCGAUACUACCAGUCAGUCAGGAGACUCGUGUUAGGUCCUACCUCAAUUGCCCCUAGCGCCGUGGUCCACAAAUUCAGCUUCCACUUGGGUCCUAGAGAUCGUGAUCGUUUGACACAUGUCGAAACCGAUCCCGAUGAUCGACUCCCUAUUCAGGAAUACACCAACGGAACCGUACGCGUCCGGAUCCACUACUGCUAUCUGCUCGACCAGCGGCACAGCAUCACUGACAGCGACUGGGUCACGAAAGACGUUAUCUGGCCUGAACACCUUUUUCUAGAAGUCAAUUAUUCCGGCUUGACCUUACGGCGAAAGGCGCACCAUUCCAAAGACUUACCGGUUGAGGUUCCAGCAAACGCGCUCUCGGAGGAGAACCACCUUCAUGUCUGGGUUCCGGAAACUGCUAAACGCCCACGGCAGGCGCCGAAGAACAGUCACCCAUAUCUCGCGGUAGAGCUUGUCGAAACGCUAAGUCACUCAGCCAUUUUGAGCUUGGUCAAGGCUCACGGCAUUCAGCAAUCCUCGAAGACUCUUAAAGUCAUCAGGCGACGAUUAUCGAGCACUACAGCCAGUAAUGAUGAUGAGAUCGCGGUGGUUAGUCACGAGCUGGUCAUUGACUUGGCAGACCCAUUCACCUCCGCAAUCUUCAAGACUCCGUGGAAGUGCCCACUGUGCUCAGGUGAUGCUCGGCCAUACAGCUUGCGCAUCGACGAAUGGCUGGCUGAGGUUCGCGACAAACUCGAGAAAGACGGCACAUUACGCGCCAAGGCCAUCCUUGUGUCCGCGGAUGGAAGCUGGAAGAUCAACGAGGUGGUCGAGGAGUAUUUACCGCCUGGAGCAGCGCCAGAAUUUGGUAACAACAAGUCUGUUGCAGCGGUGGUGAAGGAGACGCCUGUCAUUGCCAUCGACAGUGACUAA